GAAAUUUCUAAUAGAAAUGGCUGGAUACAUUAGUUUAAACGAAGAUGGAGGAAUUUAAAAGUUAACUCUUCAGGAAGGAUAAGGGGAUUUGCCUUAAUAAGGUAAUGUAUGCGAGAUGUUCUAUACUGGAAAAUUAGAGGAUGGAACAGUGUUCGAUUCAAAUGAAGGAAAGGAUCCCUUUAGUUUCACUUUAGGCGAAGGAGAGGUCAUUAAAGGUUGGGAUGUUGGUGUUGCAUCAAUGAAGAAGGGCGAAAAGGCGCAAUUAAAAAUUAAAUCUGAUUAUGGAUAUGGAAAAUAAGGAAGUCCUCCCAAAAUACCAGGAGGGGCUACUCUUAUUUUUGAUGUCUAAUUGGUUGAUUUCAAGGAGAAAUAAAAGUAGAAAUGGGAAUUGAGUGAUGAAGAAAAAACAACUGAGGCUAAGAAAUUUAAAGAAUUGGGAACAACUGCUUUUAAGGAAAAGAACUAUCCUGAAGCCAUUAAAUAAUAUCUUGAGGCUGCCAGCUAUUUUGAGGCAGAGACAGAAUUUGCUCAUGAACAAAAAUUGGCUUCUCAUUUAAACCUUAGUCUUUGCUAUUAUUAUACAAAGGACUACAAAGAAUCUCUGGAUCAUGCAUCUAAAGUUAUCAAUGAUAAACCUAACCAUGCCUAAUUAGUUAAGGCUUAUUAUAGAAGAGCAAUAGCACAUAGUAGUUUGGGCGAUUAUAAUGAGGCAAAAGGGGACUUGAAGGCAGCUUAUGCUAUUGACCCAAAUAAUUAAGCUGUUAUUGAGGAGAUGCACGAGGUUCAAAACAAGAUAAAUCUAUCCAAAAAAAAGGAGAAAGACAUUUAUGGAAGAUUAUUUUAAUAAUCAUACUAUGAAGAAGAGGCUAAACCUACUUCUUUAGAAGAAAGUGAUCCUAGCGAUAUGAUGAACCAAAAAGAAUGGAAUUUACUCUAUUCAAGAAAUCUUGUCCUAAAAACAGUCGAGAAUUUUAGAGCUCUUUGUACAGGAGAGAAAGGUGUUGGCAAAUCAGGAAAGAAUCUGCAUUAUAAGGGUUGCAAAUUUCAUAGAUUGAUUAAAGAUUUCAUGAUUUAAGGAGGAGAUUUCACUUAAGGAAAUGGUACUGGUGGUGAAAGUAUUUAUGGAGAGAAAUUUGCAGAUGAGAACUUUACUCAUAAACACACUGGAAGAGGGUAUUUGAGUAUGGCCAAUGCUGGUGCAAAUACAAAUGGAAGUCAAUUUUUCAUUCUUUUUAAGGACACUCCUUGGCUUGAUGGUAAACAUGUUGUGUUCGGUAAAAUAACUAAGGGUAUUGAAUUGCUUGAUGUAAUUGAGAAAAUUGAAACAGAGUAGGAUAAACCAAAAGUUAGUAUUGUUAUAGCAGAUUGUGGAGAAUUAAAACAAUGAUGAUUCAAUGUAAAAUAAUUAUUAAUUGUUAUAA